CAAAAUCAUCAGUUGCAUUCUACUCAUCCCUUGCGCAUAUUCCACAAUUUGUAACAUGGCCUUAAGUUUCAUUUUUGUAUUAAGUGCUCUAGUGGUCCUGGCUCAAGGAUCUUAUGCACCUUCAGGACAACGGCCCUCUGUCGGAGGACCCCUUCCCACCGGCGGUGUUUUGCCUGGAGCACCGGUAGUCGGUCCAGUGGUUUCCCAGCCACAGCUGCCAGCUACCAGUCCUGUCUUACCGAUCGCCCCAGUUGUAGGACCAGGACGAGUUAAUGGCUACGGAAUUGGGGGACCUCGAUCAUAUGGUGGUUCUCCUCGCAUACCUAUUGGAGGUCCCAUCAAUCGUCCCAUUGGUGGAGCAAUCACUGGUCCUGUUGGCGCACCAAUUACAGUUCCUGUUGGAGGACCCAUUAAUUCCAUUCCCGUUAGCACACCUAUUGUUCGUCCGGUUGGAGGACCAAUUACUACUCCUCUUGGUGGACCCAUUGUUCGUCCUAUAAGCGCUCCAAUCACAGCUCCUGGUGGCGGCCUAAUACCUGUUCCCGUUGGUGGACCCAAUGUUCGUCCGGUUGGCGGAAACGUUGGGCGUCCAUUUGGUUGCAUCCGCAAGCCGUAUUAAAAUUAACAAGGAACCAUCACCAAGGAAAUAAAAAACGAUUCAAAAAAAUUAUUUAAUCAGCAAAUAAUAAAAGUGUUAUAAAAGA